AUGCUAUACAGGGACGUUCUUUUGGGCAUCACCGGAAAGGACUUUGUCAUUGUGGCCGCCUCCAAGGCCAUUAUGCGAGGUCCGACGAUUAUCAAAGCCGAAGAUGACAAGACGAGGCAGCUAAAUCGCAACACAAUGAUGGCAUUCAGUGGAGAGGCCGGUGACACCGUACAAUUCGCCGAAUUCAUUCAAGCAAAUGUUCAACUUUACUCGAUGCGUAACGACACAGAACUCAGCCCUUCAGCCGUGGCGAACUUUGUCCGAGGAGAGUUGGCCCGCAGCUUGCGGUCGAGAAGCCCUUACACAGUCAACCUACUUCUUGGAGGCAUGGAUCCUCUCACACAGCAACCCCAUCUCUACUGGAUUGACUAUCUGGCGUCAUUGGCUCCCGUGCCAUAUGCUGCUCACGGAUAUGCCCAAUACUACUGUCUUUCCCUGUUGGACAAGCACCACAAUCCCAAUAUUAAUCUCGACCAAGGUUUGAAACUCUUGGAGAUGUGCACAGAUGAGCUGAAGCGACGACUGCCGAUCGACUACAAGGGUGUUCUCGUGAAGAUCAUCACGAAAGAUGGAGUGAAGGAGGUGGAUUUUGACAACGACAAGAUUGUUCGGAGUGCGUAA